AAAACCAGGUGGUGGAGCUGCUGCAGUGGGUGUUGUCAUUUAUGAAGUAGAAAAUUUGAGCUUUCAUCAUUUUGGCACUGUUGUUCAUAGAGAUUUCAAGCUUCGUCAUUUUAGUGUCAUUGUUGAAGAUUUAAGGCUUAGCUGUUUCAGUGAUAAUGUUUGUGGAGAUUUCAAGUUUUUGUCAUUAUAG